CCAUAUGGCUGCACAACAAUCAGAACCUGUAAUCUACGGGGAUUUUGCAUAUGCUAGCAAUUUCACGUUGUUGAAUCCACAUUUUAUCUAUAAUGCAGAAAAUAUCCAAGUCAAACUUCAAGAGAAGUUGCAACCUGUUCAAGGUGCCUGGCUUGAUACAGAUAGGAUCUGCAUGGAAGGAACUAGAGUUGGUAUCAUCAAAGAGAUAUCGGAUCGGAUCAACUCUAGUGAUCCAGAUGCCUCUCGAGCAUAUUUCCUUUGUGGUGAAGCUGGAACAGGAAAAUCCACCAUUAGUCACACUAUUGGGAAAAUAUUCCAGCAACAUCUUGGUGCAUUUUUUGGCUUUAGUCGCACAUUUGCAAGAGAAAGGACCCCUAGCAAUGCUUUACGGACCAUUGCAUAUGAUCUAAGCAUCAGAUUCUCAGAUAUUGAACAAGGGUUGCUAAAAGCACUCCAAGAUAACCCACAUAUUCUGGGGAGUGCUAAUCUCCGUGAUCUAUGGAAUGUCCUCAUUGUAGGACCUGCCAAAAUGUUGAAGAAUCCCUUCACACCUGUAGUCAUUAUAAUUGAUGCAUUGGAUGAAUGUGGUUCCCAAGAAAAGGAUGGUCCAAGAGACAAAUUACUUUCCUUGCUCAUCAAUAACACCAAUGAGCUUCCCAGAAAUUUCCAUGUCCUUGUGACGACCCGGCUUGAAAGUGAUGUGAUAGUACACCUUGAAAGCGCCUCUGAGCCACAUGUCCAAUAUAUGAGCAAGAUCAGCAACACAAAUGAAGACAUUUUCAAAUAUGUUUGUCACCAGAUGAUGAAUGGUUCGAAACGAGGAAUGCUAAAGGAAGAUCAAUGCAAGAUUCUUGCUGAGAGAGCCGAAGGGUUCUUCCAGUGGGCUUAUACAGUUUGCAAAUCACUUCAUGGACAAGGCAAAGCAGGAAUGUCUGUGAAUAAACGGUUUCAGCGUUUCAUUACGCUUGGUCCCGCAGAUCAAAAAGAUCUACAAGCCCUUGAUAGAUUGUACAUGUCUAUUUUGAAUGAUGUUUUUGAUCCUGAAGAUGAGGAAGCAAUGAAUUCCUACAGGCAAGUGGUGUCUCAGUUGUUGGCAGCAUUUCAGCCAUUGUCACAGACAGUGCUAAAGAGACUACAAUUGGCAGGUGAUGUGGAGGAAGACGAUGAGAGUAAUGUGGAAUAUGUGCUUCCAUUCCUUGGAUCGCUUUUGACUGGAGUUGAUGGACUUGAUGCACCAGUAAAGCCAGUCCAUGCUUCAGUCCGUGAUUUUCUCUUGGAUAGUAAUCGGAGCAAGCAAUUUGUGGUUGAUCUGAAGGAAGGACAUACUACUUUGGCAAAAGGAACACUGAAUAUCAUGGUUGAAGAUCUUCAUUUCAAUAUGUGUGACCUGGAAAAUUCAUACAUCCUCAAUUCUGAGGUCAAAGACUUGCACAAAAAGAUUCUAAAAGGACUCUCAAUGGAAAUUUUGUAUGCCUGCUGUUUCUGGGACUUACAUCUUGAAAAACUUGAGCAAAAAGACUGGUGUUUACCGAUAUUGCAAAAGUUUUUCUACAAUUAUUCAUUGUUUUGGAUAGAAACAUUGAGCUUGACCCGAAACAUGCAUGUUGCAUCUAGAGCAGCAACAAUUAUCCGGAAGAUCAUAGGAAAUGCCAAAGAUUUUGUUCAAGAGAUCAGAUUGUUUGUACAAGGCUUUGGCAAAAUGAUCACAGACUCUACACCACAUUUGUACUUGUCAGGAAUACCAUUCCUCCCGAGAGGAUCAAGGCUUAUUACAAAUUAUGCUGAGAAAUUCAAAAAUGUGCCUGUUAUUUCUAAAGGGCAUAAGGCCACUUGGCCACAGCAGCAAGCCUCUUUACAAGGUCAUACUGGGCAAGUUUCAUCUGUUGCUUUUUCAACAAAUGGCGAAAGGAUUAUAUCUGGAUCUUGGGACAAAGUCUGGGAUGCAGAAACUGGAAAAGCUGUGGGACAUCCAUUGCAAGGCCAUACAAAUGAGGUCACUUCUGUUGCUUGUUCACCAUGUGGGAAAAUGGUUGCAUCCGGCUCAGCAGAUAACUCUGUAAGAAUGUGGAACAUAGAAACAGGAGAGCCUGAUUUGGCAGAAACUCAAGAAGCUAUUGGAAAUCCACUGCAAGGUCAUACAAAAGGGAUACUCUGCAUCUCCUUCUCACCAGAUGGAAAGACAAUUGCAUCAGGAUCUUUGGACAACUCUAUAAUAAUCUGGAAUGCAGAAAGUGGGAAUGCUGUUGGGAAUCAACUGAAUGAGCAUACAGGUGCAGUGAGUUCAGUUGCAUUCUCACCAAAUGGACAGAAGAUAAUUUCUGGAUCUUGGGAUAAAACUAUAAGAAUAUGGAAUAGAUACACUGGGGAAGCUGUUGGAGACUGCUUGCAAGGUCAUACAAAUGGGGUGACUUCAGUUGCAUUCUCACCAGAUGGUCAAAAACUCAUUUCUGGGUCCUUUGAUUGCACGUUAUGCAUCUGGGACUUGAAUAAUGAGGAUCCAAAGCCAGUUGUCUUACAAGGGCACAAAGGAAUAGUGACUUCAGUUGCUUUCUCCCCUGAUGGGAACAAAAUUGCUUCAGCAUCUGAAGAUCAUUCAAUAAGAAUUUGGAAUGUAGAGACUGGCAAGAAUGGGUAUUCCACCUCGGAAUUGUCCAGAAUAUCAUCCCCCUUCGAUACCUGCCACAUUGAUAGUAAAGGAUGGCUUUGUAAUUCAAACUCCGAACUUUUGAUCUGGAUUCCCCCAGAGUAUCGUUUUGUCCUAUUAUUUCUUCCUAUGCAGCUUCUUAUAAGUCAAGACGGUCUUUGUAUUCUUGAUUUGAGCCAUUUCAAACAUGGAACAGACUGGAAGGAGUGUUUCACUGGCUAUAUGCAAAUCAGUAAGUAG